UGACCUGGAGAUGAGGGACACUGGAGAAUGUCAUCAGAAGAUCCUGCAGCUGUGCCGUGAUGUUAUAAAAUACAGCGUCAAAACCAAUCAUCCGAGAUUUUUCAAUCAGCUGUAUGCUGGAAUAGAUUAUUACUCGUUAGUGGCUCGUUUCAUUACAGAAGCUCUGAACCCCAGUGUAUACACAUAUGAAGUAUCCCCUGUGUUUCUCUUGGUGGAGGAAGCAGUCAUCAAGAAAAUGAUUGAAUUUAUAGGCUGGGAAGAAGGGGAUGGUAUAUUUAAUCCAGGUGGCUCUAUUUCUAAUAUGUAUGCUAUGAACUUAGCAAGGUACAAGUUUUGCCCUGAGAUAAAGGAGAAAGGGCUCUCAAGUCUGCCAAGACUAGUUCUGUUCGCUUCAGAAGAGUGCCAUUACUCCAUGAAGAAGGCAGCCUCCUUCCUGGGAAUUGGUACAGAGAAUGUGUACUUCAUCAAAACAGAUGAAAGAGGUAAGAUGAUACCUGAGGAACUGGAGAAACAAGUCCAGCGGGCCAGGAAAGAGGGGUCAGCACCGUUUCUUGUGUGUGCUACAGCAGGCACAACUGUGCUGGGAGCAUUUGAUCCUCUGGAUAAAAUUGCUGAUAUCUGUGAAAAGCAUGGCCUCUGGCUUCAUGUUGAUGCUUCUUGGGGUGGCUCAGCUUUGAUAUCAAGGAAGCAUCGCAGACUUCUUCAUGGUAUCCACAGAGCUGAUUCUGUUGCCUGGAAUCCCCAUAAAAUGCUGUUGGCAGGAAUCCAGUGCUGUGCUCUUCUGGUGAAAGACAAGGGCCUCCUGAAGAAGUGCUACUCUGCUGAGGCUGCCUACCUGUUCCAGCAGGACAAGUUCUAUGACGUCAGCUAUGACACUGGGGACAAGUCCAUUCAGUGCAGCAGGCGUCCAGAUGCAUUCAAAUUCUGGCUGAUGUGGAAAGCAUUGGGAACUGCAGGCCUUGAGCAGAGAGUGAACAGGGCACUGGCUUUGGCAAGAUAUCUAGUAGAGGAAAUUAAAAAAAGAGAGGGAUUCCAGCUUCUUUUAGAGCCGGAGUAUGCAAACGUCUGCUUUUGGUACAUUCCACCAAGCUUAAGGAAAAUGGAGGAUGGACCUGAAUUUUGGCAAAAGCUGCACCAGGUUGCUCCUAUAAUUAAGGAGAGGAUGAUGAAGAAGGGCAGCAUGAUGCUUGGGUACCAGCCUCACUGGGGCAAAGUCAACUUCUUCCGCCAGGUGGUUAUCAGCCCACAGGUUAGCCGAGAGGACAUGGACUUCCUGCUGGAUGAAAUCGAGCUUCUCGCUAAGGACUUGUAG